CGCAGAGUCUCACGAAGAUUCUUCCCAGACCGACCGACGAACGCCGCCCAACUCCGACCUUCCCACCUUCAGAUAGCCACAGCGGCGUGUAGCCGUCAUGGCCAAAGAGCAGGAUGUCGACCCGCGCAUGAUGUCGGUGACGCCGCGCAUACGAUACAAUACCAUUGGAGGAGUCAAUGGCCCGCUCGUCAUUUUGGAGAACGUCAAAUUCCCCCAGUUCAACGAGAUUGUGGCUAUCACAUUGCCUGAUGGCACCGAGCGAUCUGGACAGGUCCUCGAAGCGAGAGGCAACCGUGCUGUUGUGCAGGUCUUCGAGGGAACCACGGGUAUCGAUGUCAAGAAGACCAAAGUCGAAUUCACCGGACACAGCUUGAAGCUUGGUGUGUCAGAAGACAUGUUGGGGCGAGUCUUUGAUGGUUCCGGACGAGCCAUUGACAAGGGGCCCAAGGUCCUGGCUGAGGACUACCUGGACAUCAACGGCUCUCCCAUCAACCCGUACUCUCGUGUGUACCCCGAAGAGAUGAUCUCCACUGGUAUCUCAGCCAUCGACACCAUGAACUCUAUCGCUCGUGGACAAAAGAUUCCCAUCUUCUCAGCCGCUGGUCUGCCUCACAACGAAAUCGCUGCCCAGAUUUGCAGACAAGCUGGUCUCGUCCAGCCCACAAAGGGUGUCCAUGACGGCCAUUCUGACAACUUCUCCAUCGUUUUCGGUGCCAUGGGUGUCAACUUGGAAACCAGCCGAUUCUUCACCAAGGACUUCGAGGAGAACGGCAGUAUGGAGCGUGUUACGCUCUUCCUCAAUUUGGCCAACGACCCCACCAUCGAGCGUAUCAUUACACCUCGUCUUGCCCUCACCACCGCCGAAUACUACGCCUACCAGCUGGAGAAGCACGUUUUGGUCAUUCUCACCGAUCUGACUUCAUACUGUGAUGCUCUGCGUGAGGUCUCGGCUGCAAGAGAGGAAGUGCCUGGUCGCCGUGGUUACCCGGGUUACAUGUACACUGAUUUGUCGACCAUCUACGAGCGUGCCGGUCGUGUGCAAGGACGUAAUGGAUCUAUUACUCAGAUCCCUAUUUUGACCAUGCCUAACAACGACAUCACACAUCCAAUUCCCGACUUGACUGGAUACAUUACCGAGGGACAGAUCUUCGUCGAUCGCGAGCUACACAACAAGGGUAUCUAUCCACCGAUCAACGUCUUGCCAUCUCUCUCGCGUCUCAUGAAGUCUGCCAUCGGCGAGGGCCACACUCGCAAGGAUCACUCCGAUGUCUCCAACCAGCUCUACGCCAAGUACGCUAUCGGUCGUGAUGCCGCCAGUAUGAAGGCUGUCGUGGGUGAGGAGGCACUGAGCAGUGAAGACAAGCUCUCCCUCGAAUUCUUGGAGAAGUUCGAAAAGACGUACAUCAGCCAAGGCGCAUACGAGAAGCGUUCCAUCUUCGACGGGUUGGACCAGGCAUGGGAGUUGCUUCGCAUCUACCCCAAGGAGCUCCUCAACCGUAUCCCGAAGAAGGUCUUGGAUCAGUACUACCAGAGGCAGUCCAAGAAGGGCAGCAAGGAUACGCGGGACAAUGGAGGGGAGAACGGAGAGGCGUCCAAGCCGCAGAAUGGUGAGGAGGAGAAUUUGAUCGACGCAUAGGUAUCGGUGUUUGGGUUUGUGCAGAAUAGGUGCCACAUUACAAUGGAAAUGUCAUGCAAUCGUG